AAAAAAAAAAAAGAAUAAUAACAGAAAAAGAAAAAGAAAACAUACAAACUUCCAACGUACGUGUGAAUGUAAAAAGGUAGCGAUUGCGCUCCAAAGAAGGCGUCAGUCUGGAUAUUGUUCAUCUUCAACGAUGAUGAGAUUAAUGAUGACGAGCUCCAGCUAGGGUUUCUGUUCUUCCCCCAAUUUCUAGGGUUCAUUCUUUCUUCACUUCUCCUCUCAUUUCGUUUCUCCCAUUGCUUCCAAUCCUCACUCAUGGCCAAAACCAAACCUCCCAAGAAAGACUUGGAUUCUUAUACCAUCAGAGGCACCAACAAGGUCGUUAGAGUUGGAGAUUGUGUUCUGAUGCGCCCAUCGGAAACGAGUAAGCUUCCCUAUGUAGCGCGCGUUGAGAAGAUCGAAGCUGAUAACCGGAACAACAUUAAAGUUCGAGUCAGGUGGUAUUAUCGGCCAGAGGAGUCGAUUGGGGGCCGGAGGCAGUUUCAUGGAGCUAAGGAGCUCUUCUUGUCUGACCACUACGAUGUCCAGAGUGCUCACACCAUUGAAGGGAAGUGCAUUGUUCAUUCCUUUAAGAACUAUACUAAGCUUGAUAAUGUUGGUGCUGAGGAUUAUUAUUGUAGAUUUGAGUAUAAGGCUGCUACUGGAGCUUUCACGCCUGACCGAGUUGCUGUCUAUUGCAAAUGUGAGAUGCCUUACAACCCAGACGACCUCAUGGUGCAGUGUGAGGGCUGUAAGGACUGGUAUCAUCCUGCUUGUGUAAGCAUGACUAUUGAGGAAGCAAAAAAAUUGGAUCAUUUUGUGUGUUCUGAAUGUGCAUCUGAUGCCGACAUCAAGAAAAAUGAGAAUACAUUUUCAGCGUCACCGGUAGCUUAUGGCAAGAAAAUCAAUUUGAGAUUAUUGUCUACUUUCACACGUCAAAUGAAUAAUCAGGUGCUAUUGUUAUGUGCUUGGUGAGGUUAUCCUAAAUGCUCGAGUCAAAGCGACGGAAAAGAUAACCACGGCAGGUGAAAUUCUUUGUUGGAUUCAACCAUGGCAGAUAUAUGGAGAGUUCAGUUGUUAUUUAUGUAGGUGGUAUAUAACAUAGCUUGGACUUUGCUGUGUAAAACUUUUUGUUUUGUGACUGAAGUUACAUAUAUGUGUGUGUGUGUGUGCAUGUAGUAGUAGUAGAGUAGUAGUAGUAGGGGCUCAGGGAGUUUCUCCAUAACAAUUCAGGCUAAGUCUUGUCGCAUCAUUUUGGUAAACUCUCUAUUCUGUUUCUGCCUUUGGAUCUUUUAAUGUGAUUUGGGGACACAAAGUGGAAGCAGAAAUUUUAGAGGUCGCUGAAAGUGGUCAA